GAUCAUUGUCGCUCCGCGUCUCCAGCAUUGAAAAGGACGACCAGACUGUAAGUAUGUUUCCGUCCAUCUUCACGAUACAUUAUCGCAAGCAGUACUCGUUUCCUCAAUCAUGCCUCCGCGCCGGCCCAAAGUCACCCGCGAAACCCCUUCGUCCUUUCAACAAUGGCAAACCACAUACACCAAAGAAACAGAAGCUAUAGCGAAGCCGACUGACGUACUUCUAUGCAGAGCACCGCCAACGAGCCACCGAACGAUACAGUCAACGAGGAAGACGCCGAGAUGUCAGGCGAGCCGCCGAAGUUCAGCUUCGGUGGUAGCACUACGCCGCAAGCAAACAAGACACAGCCCAACAACUCGCAACCAAGCACGACUCCCUUUGGUCAGCCGCCCACCACCAAUCUCUUCCAGAAUAUGACGAACCAGAGCGGCAAUCAGCAGGCGCAGAGCCAACCCUCGGGACAGGGCAUGUUCAACUUCCCCAGUUUAAGCGCGGCGAGCUCGGCACCACAGUCAUCGGGCCUAUUCGGGAGCUCAAACACAUCCUCAGCGCAGACAGGAAGCUCAGCACCAUCCACCACGUUGUUUGGCUCCACCACAGGUUCGACAGCACCCAGCAUUUUCGCCCCGAAAGCAAAUAACGCGCCACCGGCGAGCAACACACCAACCACUGGUAUAUUCGGCUCAAGCACAACGCCUUCAAGCAACACUCAGUCGAGUAACUUGUUCGGCUCUGCGACGAACAACAACAACAACAACAAAUCCGCCGGUGGCUUGUUCGGCUCAAAUCCCACAUCUACCAAUACCACACAGCCAAGCGGGCUUUUUGGCGCAACUCCUGCGUCACAGCCGAGCAACACCUCGAGCAGCCUGUUUGGCUCUACUCCUUCAGCUCAGUCAAAUAACAAUACAAAUCCGUUUGGAGCGAGUACCACGCCCGCAGCACAGUCAGGCAACACAGCGUCGACGGGUCUAUUUGGUGCCAAGCCUGCAUCUGCGGCGCCGACCGGCGGGCUCUUCGGUAGCACUUCGACACCCGCCACUGCAACACCGAGCAAUGCGCCACCCAGCAACAUCUUCGGCGCAGCAAGCGCAACGUCCGCGCCACAACAAUCCAGCGGCACUUCAGCAGGCAGUCUGUUUGGCGCAAAGCCCUCAUCUAUGCCGCAAGCGAGCACAGCUACUACGAAUGCUUCGUCUGGCGGUCUCUUUGGUGCGGUCAACACGAGCUCCACACCCUCAACUUCUGCGCCAUCGAGCAACCUCUUCGGCGGCUCAGCAACACCAGCUCAAAGCGCUCCUUCCUUAUUUGGCGCAAAACCAGCUGCACCACAGCAGCAACCAAAUACCGCCUCGUCAGGUGGCCUGUUUGGCGGCGCUGCCCCAGCUGCGCCGUCGACAUCGGCGCCCCCUUCAAAUCUCUUUGGAUCCAUGCCCACUCCGUCAGCGACUGCUGCUCCCUCCAGCAACCUCUUUGGUAGCGCCACAGCCUCUGCACCGCAACAGGCAAGCGGCAGCAGCUUGUUUGGAGCGAAGCCAACCCAGCAGUCAAGCACGACUACCUCUAGCGGUUCCACUAACGCGACCACGACCGCUGGCCCCACAAGCAACCUGUUUGGCAACCUGAGUACGCCGUCCGCACCGGCCUCGAGCGCUGCGCCAUCGAUAGGCUUGUUUGCCAACCUCAACACAACGUCGGCACCACAACAAGCGUCAGCACCAUCAACAAGUUUAUUCGCAAACCCGAACACGACGUCUGCGCCACAACAACAAGCUGCCGCAGCCACUAGCGGACCAUCAGCCACAGCCACCUCUGCUCCGGCUCCUGCCGCAACCACCGCCACCGGUGGCGGGCUUUUUGGCGGUGCCUCCACUACCGCGCCCGCCCCGGCAGCACCGGCCUCCACCUCCGGCCCAGCCGCACCGCAGCACUCACGCCUGGCCAAUAAAACUAUGGAUGAAAUUCUGACCAUGUGGUCCACUUCACUUGCAACGCACCAGAAGACAUUUCAACAGCUCGCACAGCGCGUGGCAUCUUGGGACCGCGUGCUUGUGGAGAACUCGAGCAAGAUCAGCACACUAUAUGGCCGCUGCUUCCAAGCCGAGCGUGACUGUAGCGAGGUUGAGAGACAGCUGACACAUGUCGAGCACGGCCAGAUGGAGCUUGAGGCUCUACUGGACAAGUACGAGGGCGAAGUGGACCGCAUGAUGGAGAGUGCAGGCCUGGGAGAUGGUGGCAUGGGCGUCGUUGGUGGUGUUGAUGGCGAGCGAGAGCGGACAUACAAGGCCGCAGAAUCGUGCACCACCCGCUUGACGGAGAUGCAUCACAGCCUCACCGAUAUGAUUGAAGAGAUCAACUCGUCAUCGUCGAGUCUCAACACCGCUACGAAGGGCAAGGCCGCUGACGAUCCUUUGGCGGACAUCGUGCGGGUGCUGAACGGUCAUCUGUCGCAGUUGCAGGUUAUCGAUGCUGGCGCAUCGUCGCUGCAGAGCAAAGUUGCCGCUGCGCAGCGUGAAGCGAGGACGCUUGAUGAGAGGACAGGGACGCUCGGCCAGAUGAGGCGUGAAGAAGGCUUGGAGGCUUUUGGGCGGAGUUACUUGGGCAGGCGGUGAAUGAUGAGUGCAGCAUCAACGACGACCUCGAAGUGGGCGAGAUAUGGAUGUCUAGGCCAUCGGGUACUGGCGUCCACAAUGUACGCUCAUGGCUACCAUUCUAAUGAAGUGGCACGAGAGUAGUCCGUCGGGAUGAUUGACUUGGUCUUUCGCCGGGCAAACGCGCUGGCCAAGCUCGGUGGUAUAUGUACAUUAUGUACUCUACUGGGGGCCAACGUUUACAUUGUCAAAAGCGAUGUUCUCGUUCGAGGUGACCUUAUCUCAUCAGUCAACGAGGGUCCACCGCUCACAGGCCUUGAUAUCACCUAACGAUCCAUGUAUGCCAAACACUGACGAGCGAGCAGUCUCGACACUUUAACAGUGCACGAUUCGGCGGCUCAAGCGCGCUGCUGUCAGUCCCAGUUUUUCAGCUUGGCAGGCGUUAGGAAGCGCAGAUCAGUGAGGGUGACACGAUGUGGCGUACGGAAGGUAUGGGCUUGAGCACACGCCAUGAAGCUGC